AAGCUUGUGUCUUUACAACCAGAUUUGAUUUACAACUGCUUUUCCACUCUCUCCACCUCCAUUUUCUCCCUCCUGUCUGCCGCCUCCGAGUCUGACCACCAAGUCGAGGAGGCGAAAGACACCGUUGAAACCUCCGUCCACCAGGCCCCCUCCACCAUCACGCAUGGUAGCGGCCUCCUCCUCAAGAACAUCGGUUUCGGGCUUCUAGGGGCCGCCUAUGUCUGCAUGGUUUUGAUUUUAUCCGCUCUUUUCGGAAUUGGGUUGGUGAAUCUUUGGGUGGAGGAGCCGGUGUUCGUCAGGGAGCGGUUCCACUUUGAUUACACGGAGCCUCAUCCGACGGCUGUCUUUGCUUUUGGUUCUGCUAAUGAUAUUUACCAAGACAAGAGUUCAUACUCUAGGAAGCAUGUGGGGGGAGUUCCUGUUGGACACACUUUACAUGUCUCUUUGGUGCUUUUGAUGCCUGAAUCUGAUUUCAAAAGGGGCAUUGGUGUCUUUCAGGUAUGCAUGUAUCUGUCUAUCAGUUAUUAA